AUUGGUAUUUUAUGAACUUAAAAUGAGGGGUGGUUAGAUUUACUCUAAAUAUUUAAGUUAGUAUUCAGUCAUUCAACCUGGUCAAUCAGAGGGAGUAGGUUUUGACUUUCUAGCUAACGUUAGCUAACGUUACCUACACCGUUAACGUUAAUGCAUUCCUGAUGAGACAACCGCAUUUCCAUGUCAUUUGAAUGUAGCUAGUGCUGGUGGUAACGUUACAACACCUAGCUGUCCACACUCAGCAUUAUUUGUCCGUUGUUUCUAAAUGCUUAAAAAGGUAGCUAGUGACCAAAUAUACUAGCUAAAGUUUGUGAAAUAAUAACUACAGACAGUAGCUUCUAGUCGUCUAGCCAAAGCAAAUUUGCAGACUUGCUGGGAUUUCCCUUCGUUGUGGUUACCAAUAGUCACCUUGACGCUUAACUUUAGCUAGCUAGCUAGCUAACAUUAGCUAUUACAUUUGCUCAGAUUUAACGCUGCUGCAGUCAGAGAAACAUCAUGGCUAAACAGAAGAAAGGACAGAAGAGUUCAAUUGAUGACAUGUUAGGAGACCUGUUGGGAGAUGAUGAUUUCCCAGUGAAGGCCAAAGUUCCGGCCCGUGAAGCAGGCAGACUAGGACCUCCUCUACCAUCACGCAGUGGAAAACGCUCACUAUUGGGCGACGACGACUUCUUCAGCAAACUGGCUGAAGAAGCGGAAAAAGAUGAGGGCUCUGAUGUUUCUGAGGCUGAUCCCACAGCCUUACUGGAGAGCAUGAAGGACAUAGAUGAUAUGGACGCUGAUCUCUUUAGAUCAAAGAAAAAGCCCAGUUCAGCCCCAGCUCAGAGUAAAGGCUCCGGCAUUGGAGGACCUACGAAAAAUCCUCCUAAAUCAGGAAACAAGUUAAAAGGAGGAGAAAUCUCAGAUGAGCUACACAUUGAGGAGAAGAAGCCAAGUUCUGCUCCUGCAUCGACAGCACGUGGCUACCAGAGGUUCAGUUUCACUGAUGAUGAUGACGUUCUUGCCCCAACAACUGACACAAAAGACUUUGAUGACCCUUUGGCUGACCUGUUAGAUGAUCUACCCAUAGAAAACAAAAAUGAGCCAAAAAUCACCAAAAAAGCUCCUACAGAGAAAUCAGUGCUGCCCCCAGACUCCCCUAUCAUAAAGAAAAAAGAAACAGCCUCACCAGCUCCAGUUGCAAAAAAGCGGGACGAGCUUAUGUUUGAUGAUGAUGAGGAUGACCUAAUGGAUGCAUUGGGGUUUGGGGAGAGUCCCAAAGAGAGCCCUAAGAAGAAUGAGACCGUGCUCAUACCAAAGAAUGAGAGCAGCAGUGAGCCCCCUCAAAGAGCACGCACCAGGCUAGAUGAGAUUCUGGGGCGUGGGACGUCCCCUCGCCUUCUGGAGCGCCCUCCAACAGGGGAGAGGAAGGACCCUCCGCAGCAGCAGCAGGAAAAGCAGAAGCAUCAUCAGGAGACCCCCACUACUAAAGACCCCUUCCUAGAAGAAGACCUGACGUUUGGUUCCUAUCAACCUACACUGGUCACUACACCUGAGGGACGACACUCACGCAGACAGUCGGUCAGAUUCUCCACUGAGGACAACAGUGCCUCUUCUCCUGAGAAGAAACCCAAACCCAUCACCCCCACCACGCUCACCCCUACCUUUCCCCGGCCUGCUGCAGACUGGCUGGGGCUCUCACAGGAUGAUGAUGAGCAGGAGGAAGAGCCCCCGCCUGUACCAGAACCCUUGAAGACCCCCUCUUCAUCAGUGGGAAGCAAACCCUCCUCGUCUGGCAACCGCAUUCCACAGCCAUCGACAGAGACUCCAAACACCUCCUUCAAAUCCCCCAAACCAGUAGGACCCAGUGUAGAGGUCUCUGGAAGCCAAAAGGACGAAGAGGAUUGGCUAUCAGGGGCAUUGAGCAGGAAGAAGACUCAAUCAUCCACACAGUCAGAGGAAAAGAGGACAACCCAGGAAGACUUUCUGGGGUUUGGAGACGAGGUAGAUCUGGAGUCGUUUCUCAGCAAACGUGGUUCUUCACCAGCUUCCAGGAGGAAAGAUGCAUCCACCCCCAACAAGGAACCAGGAGAUUCUCCUCUGCCCAGGGAGCCCUCCCAUAGACAGCCCAGCCCUACUGCUCACUCUACCCCAGUGAGAGAGGACCAGUUCAGGCCUGCUGUGUCUGCUAGAGUAGGCUUCUAUCCUGACCAGACCCCAGACCCCUCUCCCCUGCCAACCUCUGCUACCAUUAGCUUCCCCCUGCCCCAGCAAUACCAUCCACCAGCCCUGCAGGAUCACACGGAGCCAGGAUGGCCAAGUCAAGCAGAGCUGUCCUGUAACUACCCUGCCCAGCCAUGGCAGUCUAUGUCUGGCCCCAUGCCCCAUGCUAUGAUGCCUGGCUCUAUGCGGUUGCCACAGCAAAGCCAGAUGCAGAACACUGCACCUGUUGUCCAACCACAGGUGUCUCUUUCAGCCAACAGUUUGCAACAACUCUUACUACAACAGCAGCAGUUGGAGUCCCAGCUGCUGGGGUUAGGGGGAGCUGCGGAUGUAGCUGGGCUGCAGAGACAGAAGAGAGAGACUGAGAAGCAGAAUGGACAUCUAGCUUUACAGGCCCGCAUCAUCAAACUGGAGGGACAGGUGAGAUCUCUACAGCAGGAGCUAGACCAGAACCAGAUGUUGCUGGAGAGUGUUCAGCAGAGACACAAGCAGGACACUGAGCUCAUGGAGAACACACACAGGGCUCGUGUGAAGCUGCUUGACGAUUCCGCGGCACAGCGAGAAGCACGGGCACGACAGGAAUGCGAGGACCUAGCAGAGCGCCUAGCCACCGUCACACGUAUAGCUGAACAGGAGCGUAUGGAGCUGCAGGCAAAGCACCAGCGCAGACUGGCCCAAACCCAGCAGGACAGAGACCGAGAGGUGGAGCGACUCAGAGACCUACAGAGGAAGUCUAUUUUAGAGAUGAAGAAAGACCAUGAGGAUCAGGUCCAGAGGCUGAAGAGAUUGAAGGAUGAGGAGAUUGAUGCUGUGACCAGUGCCACAUCACAAACCAGGUCCCUGACAGUGGUGAUUGAGCAGAUGGAGCAUUUCUCCCACAGGCUGGGGGACCUUUCGUCUCGGGUGGAGAGCACCCAUGAGAACACAGCCCAGGGGCUGGAGCAGGGGGCACGGCAGAGAGACGAACAGCUCCGAGUGAUGCAGGACCGUCUGGGCCAGCAGCAGAGGGCCAUGGCAGAGGAGAGAACAAGGCUCAAAGAAGUCAUCGCCAAGAUGGACACCCAGCUGGCUGAGCAGCAGAGGCAACUAGAGAAGGUCAGGAGUCACUCAGAGGAGCGCUGGAGAGUGAAUGCAGAGCAGGCUAAGGCCGACUCAUCUCAGAGAGGCCUGGACGAGGAGAGACGCUCUCUAACUCAGCACAUUAGCAUGGAGAGAGAGGAGCUGGAGAGGGCAAAAAGUGCCCUGUUGGAGGAGCAGCAGCAGGUAAUGCAGCGCUGUGCAGAGGAGAGGAGGAAGCUGGCGGCUGAGUGGACCCAGUUCCACACCCAGGAGAAGCAGAGGCAGGACCGGGCAGAGCGGGAGGCCAGCCGGGCACUGGAGAGGGACGCCCACAGAGAGGGCUCCAUCAUCAGCAUGGCACAGGAACAGGUGGACCUGAAGCUGCGUGCUGGGGAGCUAAAGCAGCAUGAGGCAGCUGUAGCACGGGAGAGGGAGGCUCUGGAGAGACAGAGGGAGGAACUGGACAAGGAAAAGGAGAGGCUGAGUGGUACAGGCCUGCAGCUGAAGACACGUGCCCAGGAGGUAGAGGCCUUCAGCAAGCUGGCAUCAGAAAAAUAUAUUGAGGGGGAGAAGGCCCUACAGGAGUCCAGACAUGUAGAGACUGAGCACCAGACCAGGCUGAGGAGCAUCCACUCCCAGAUGGAGAGACUGAGACAGCAGGAGCAGCACCUCCAUCAGGUCAAUAAGUGGGGGGUAUACCAGCCAAUCUCCCACCACACAUCUGGAAUGGUUCCAGAGAGAAGGAAGAUGACUGAGCAGCUUAGAGAAAUGGAGAGACUCAAGCACAGCCUUCCAAUCACUCCUUUCCCUCAAUCUAUGGACCCUAUAUUCACAGAAUUCAGACCAGUGUUGGCAGUACCUCAGAUGGCCUCCACUAAGGCUGUUCGCCAGCCCUCGCCCCAGUUUUCUAGUCCGGAUUCUACAGAGCUCCAGGCCAGAUUGGCCUUGCUCAGGCACACAGCAGAGAAGGAUCGUGACUUUCUGCAGGACGAGCAGUUCUUCCUGGACGCACUCAAGAAAGCACCUUACAAUUCAGCCUUUCACACAGAUUAACAAUGGGCCUUAGAGCCCUGUGACUUUCUGGUUUUAAGUACACCAUUAAACUUGACAUUCUUUAA